GGGGUUUAAGUACCAGUGCGGGAGAUCCACCUCGAGAAGGCCCUCUUCAAAUUUACGGCGGCGGUAAGGGGAAGCGGACGCGAGCGGCGGCACCGCCGGGCCCACCGACUCCAGCCUUCGGCGGCCUCCGCCACUUCCCGGAGCUAGCGAAGCCACACAAACCCACCUCCGCCAUGGAUUACGAACGAAUCGAGAAGCCUUUUCAUCCGGGCGGUGGGCUUUCUCCCAGCAAGCUUCGAGCGAUGCUUUUGGGAGUGGAGAAGAAGAGGAAAGAAGAGGAGGAGAUGGAGUCCAAGUUCUCGUUGAGAUCUGCAGCAGUUGCUGCUGAUAUUGAUGACUCUUGUGGUAGUGUUUCGGAUGAUUGCAAGGAUGUGGACAUGGUGAGCUCCCUCCCUGAAUGCUCUACUUCGUUGGAAACAAUGACGGGUCACAGAUUUACAGAUCAAAGCCUAUCGAGCUCCAGGAUUAGAUCUCAAGUGGAAGAUUCUUUUGAUUCAGACGGUGUGUCAUCUGCCUUCGAAUUCCACAAGGGUGAACGCGCUCCCCAUCGGUCGGCUCUCGUGCCGCCAUUCUCAAAACCGGCGCCUUCGAAAUGGGAUGAUGCACAGAAAUGGAUUGCGAGCCCCAAUUUGAACCGCCCUUAUAAAGCUAGUGCAGUGCAAUCAAAGAAAACAGAGAAGUUUGGUUAUGGUAGCCGGCAAUCUUUGACGAAGGUGGUUGUGGAGAUUACAGAGGAUGCAGACACUAAGAGGAUUGAUCCAAGCCAAGAAAAGAGAGGAUUUGGUGGGCAGAAGGCUGUGAAUUCGAUUCCCAACUCUUACCAGGUGGUGGAUUCAUGUGCCAAGCCUGGGAUUAUUGUUGAGAAAGUUGCAGAUCCAGCAGUUUCUCUUAGUCGUCAUGAUUCAUCUACAUUACCUCAGACUGCUACCACCCUUAUUACUCCCCCAUCGACAGUUAGGUCGGUGUCUAUGAGAGAUAUGGGCACAGAAAUGACUCCCAUUGCUAGCCAAGAGCCCUCUCGGACAGGAACCCCUGUGAGAGCCUCAACACCAACACGCAGCCCUACUUCUUCUCGAUCAUCAACCCCGCAGAGGGGUGCACCAAAUUCAAACAUUGUUGCAAACAUUACUGGUUCAUCUGACGGCCACAGGGAUGGCAACAAUGGGCUGAGUGAAAAGGAGUUGCAAAUGAAAACUAGAAGAGAGAUAAUGAUUCUUGGCGCACAGCUAGGUAAGACUAACAUUGCUGCAUGGGCAAGCAAAGAAGAAGAGGAAAAGGAUGCAUCUGUUUCUCUCAAGAUUCUUCCAGUUGACCGAUCAAAAAGUGUUACUGAGAUGCGUGCAGCAGCCUGGGAGGAGGCAGAGAUAGCCAAGUAUCAGGCCAGGUUUAAACGGGAAGAAAUCAAAAUCCAAGCAUGGGAAAAUCACCAGAAAGCAGAAACUGAAGCUGAAAUGAGGAAAAUUGAGAGACAUACUGAAGGGACAGUGCAUAAGCUUACAUGGAGGAUAGUUGUUACUUGCUCACUGUUGAAGUGGAGAGGAUGAGAGCUCGUGCACAUGAUAAGCUUAUGAACAAGCUAGCAGCUGCAAAGCAUAAAGCUGAGGAAAUGCGUGCAGCAGCAGAGACCAGAAAAAACCAACAAGCUGCAAGGACAGCUCAACAAGCAGAGUACAUCAGAAGAACUGGCGACAUUCCUUCCUCAUUUUCUUGCUGGAAUUGGUGCUCUUAAUUCUGUUUCAUUGCAGCUGCUGCAACUGGUAUGUCUAAAUAUUCCAGAAUUCUUGUUAAUCUAGUGGUUUUGUUGCAAAAUUUCAUGUCAGGGCCCACGGUGCAUCCUUCAGAUAUUUGUACUGCAAACCAUUUGGUUCACCUGUGACGAGGAGCACCAAUUUGUUUCAGUGCUAGCCUUUUGGUUCACCUCCAUGUAAAGUGAAUUGUCAAAUUUUCUUUUACCAACUGCCUUGAGUGUUGCUCCAUUUUUCAUGGAGACAUUGUUGUCAUCCAGUAUAUAUCUGUUUCUGAAUACAUGCGAGAAGCUCACAGAGCACAUUAAGAUUUAA